AUCACACACACUUUUUGCAGUGAGCUCCCAUUUUAUAUGUAAAAAAAUGAGCCUUCUAACCCUCAUCAUCUACGCCUGCAUCACUGGGGUAGCAGCGUAUGUAUUGCUAAACCUGCGGACGCGUCACGCAAAACGCCUGCCGCCCGGUCCAACCCCAUGGCCCAUAGUCGGAAACUUACCUCACCUCGGCACAAUACCGCACCACGCGCUGGCGGCUUUGGCGAAAAGGUACGGACCGUUGAUGCACCUCCGACUUGGCUUUGUUGACGUGGUGGUAGUAGCGUCGGCGUCUGUCGCUGCGCAGUUUUUGAAAGCUCAUGACGCCAAUUUCGCUAGCAGACCACCGAACUCCGGAGCUAAACAUAUGGCGUAUAAUUAUCAGGAUCUGGUGUUCGCACCGUACGGUCCGCGGUGGAGAAUGCUUCGGAAGAUUUGCUCAGUGCACCUGUUUUCUGCCAAAUCGCUUGAUGAUUUCCGUCACGUUCGGCAGGAGGAGGUAGCGAUACUCACGCGCGCUUUAGUCGGUGCCGGGAAAUCCACGAUCAAAUUAGGCCAGCUACUUAAUGUGUGCACCACAAACGCAUUGGCACGAGUUAUGUUAGGUAGAAGAGUAUUUGGCGAUGGAAGCGGCGGCGGAGAUCCAAAGGCGGAUGAGUUCAAGGAUAUGGUGGUUGAACUGAUGGUGUUAGCCGGAGAAUUUAACAUCGGUGACUUCAUCCCGGCGCUUGACUGGUUGGACCUGCAGGGCAUCACGAAAAAGAUGAAGAAACUCCACACUCGAUUCGAUUCGUUCCUUAACACGAUCCUUGAAGAACAUAAAACUGGUAGCGGCGGCCCGUCAGGUCACGUCGACUUGCUGAGUACCUUGAUUUCGCUCAAGGAUGAUGCCGAUGGAGAGGGAGGGAAGCUUUCAGACAUCGAAAUUAAAGCUUUGCUUCUGAACUUAUUCGCUGCGGGAACAGACACGUCAUCUAGUACUGUGGAAUGGGCAAUAGCUGAACUCAUUCGCCAUCCAGAGUUAAUGAAACAAGCCCAACAAGAAAUGGACAUAGUAGUUGGUAAAGAUCGGCUUGUAACCGAAUUGGACCUAAGUCAACUAACAUUCCUUCAAGCCAUUGUGAAGGAAACCUUUAGGCUCCACCCAUCCACUCCACUCUCCUUACCAAGAAUAGCAUCCGAGAUCUGUGAGAUCAAUGGAUAUAAUAUUCCAAAAGGAUCCACACUCCUUGUAAAUGUUUGGGCCAUAGCCCGUGACCCAAAAAUGUGGACCGACCCACUUGAAUUUCAGCCCUCCCGAUUUUUGCCCGGGGGAGAAAAGCCUAAUGCUGAUGUCAAAGGAAAUGAUUUUGAAGUGAUACCAUUUGGAGCAGGACGAAGGAUUUGUGCAGGGAUGAGCCUAGGGUUGAGAAUGGUCCAACUGCUCACUGCAACUCUUGUUCAAGCCUUUGAUUGGGAAUUGGCUAAUGGGUUAGAUCCGAGGGACCUCAACAUGGAAGAAGCCUAUGGGUUGACCCUUCAAAGGGCUGCACCCUUGAUGGUGCACCCAAGGCCCAGGUUAGCACCUGAUGUGUAUAAAACUCAUUAAGACACGAAAGGUUUUUUGUUUGUUUGCUAGAAUCAUUGCUAUUCUUCCCACAUUCUAGUGAUAGCAAUGGAUUACGAAUUUAAAAGUCAGCCUCAAGUAUGAUCAUUGAAUUCUUAGAGAUGUGUGCGUCAAUAAACAAACCAC